CCUUUGCCGUUUUCGUCCGUCUCAUGUUUCAUCUUUUCGCUGUCCUGCGUGAUUAGGUCGCGCAUCUAAGUAGAAGUUGAUAGGUUGAGCAUAUUGCAACAAAAAGGAAUCUCUACGAUAAUUCUUGAAAUUCCAUCAACCAAGAAGUCUCCCUACUUACACCCUCCAACGAGUUGACGUGCCGUGCCAAAUAAGUAACACGAGCACAGCACUUCUCGGCCCCAUCCGUUUUUUAUUCGUUGCCUUACCUACAUAACUUAGUAACUACUUUCUGCUAGACCAGCGCUUCCUUCGAGUACGUAGGACGAAAGCGAGGUGGAACAACCAGCACUCGCACACAAGUCGUAAAUGGCGGCGCUCAGCAAGCCUUUCUCUUUCCUUCUCAACGCUGCUGCGUUGCUAGGCGGGGCGCGGCACCAGCUGGACAGUACAAGGCAGGACGCUGCGGUUUUAUUUGUCUCUGCGGCCGACUCCGAGAAACCGUGGUCCGAGAUGACCCCGGAGGAGCGAAAAGCGGCCCGGGCGAAGAAGAAGGAAGAGCACGAGAACCGCGAAAGGAUCCGGAAAAACCGCGAGGCGGCGAAGUUGCGGCAACAGAAACAAAAGUACGGGCUCGACAAGCGGCAGGUGGAGCUGGCCAAACGACGCAGCGCCGUGGCGGCAGCGAAGGCGAAAGCGCGGGCAGCGAGGGCCAAAGCGGCCGGCGCCGCAACAGCAGAUGACUUGGAGGAAGACGACGACGACUUAGACGAAGACGAGGAUAGUCUGCAGGAUCCUUCUAGUACAAAAAUGAAAUAUGAUGAAUAGAGUCGUAGAAGUCCUCUCCUGCUACGUACUGUUGCAUGUGUUUAAUUGCAUUGAAACUGAUUGCUGGAGCCAGUGUCUUCUUGUUGUUGAAGUAUAGAAGGCAUGAUCUUCAUCAACGAAUGUUUCUGCAUUGGAAAGUGCAGCCUGGUGGUGGUGACGCAGACGCUUACUUUGGAACAUUAUCGGGUUUGCCUCUCUGCUCUGUUUGACGAUAUUAAGUAACAAGAAACAGUUUACAACAGGCGUACUAGGCAUUCCGCGACCAGCAUGCAGGGGGCUACUUACUUCCGCUAGAUUUUUUCAUCAGCAUAGGGAGCAAUUUGGACAUUGACCUGGACGAUAUGGAUGACGACUUGUGAAGACAGAUUUUCUACUGCAGGGACAAGACUUAGUUGGAAACGUGGCCGGGGUUUCCGUCCGUGAACCAAUACCCACCGUGAUUCGUCGUUUUCGCCGACCGUAACACUCAAAUGUGUGCGCUGGACUGCACCACGUUCCGUCUUUCGCGUCUUUCGUGAUGCAUAGGCCUAGCGUCAGUCUUAACUGUCUCUGUUUCGUAGUGUAAAAAGGAACCUCCAGCUGGUGCUGGAAGACCUCAUCAACAACGUCUUGCUUCAAGAGGACGGAGCAGAACACGUCUGCCAGAAGAAGAAAAAGAAACUGCAUUUGUGUUGUCGGUUUUCAUGAUGCAAUGGAAAGAAAAGUAAGUUUUGAAUCUCAACUGACUGACACUAUAUCGGUUUGGAUAUUAUGGUACGUGAAAAAUUUUCAUCGUUUCUUCGUGUAUUCGUGCGCGCUGGACCAAAGAUACAUCUCUUCAACUUUGUGAAGCAAGUUCGUUGUGCAAAGGCUCGUG